AUGACAUCGUCCACAUCUCUUCGCGCCGUUACGCAUCGGCUGACGACGACCCCGGUGAAAGAGCUACCUCACCUUGCCUCGUUUCUUGCUGCGUCUCUCAGCGAUUGUGGUGAUAUCCUUUCCGCUCCUCAGAGCCAGAAAAGUGCAAAUUCGGAGGCUGGAAAUGCUCUGCAGGUACAUAAACUAAAGGCUCGCCUUACGAGCUUACUUCAGGAUCGCAGUUUCGAAGGACGUUGGACUGCGGUCGUGCUGGUGAAAGCUACAGUUGAAGUUGGCCAGUGGGAGAUUCUGCGCGAAUGCGAACCUUGGGUUCGCGGACUUCUUGGAAUCCUCUCUAAACCGGACCCAGUCUCGACAAAAAAACUAUCGAUUAUCACUCUGACUCGCAUAUUCCACCUUACCUACCAGUAUCAGACCUUAGUUCGAGAGAUAACGACACCAUCUCUACCAGCAUUCAUCACAGCUUCUCUGAAUCUGGUCUCAGUGAAGCCCUCAUCGGAGCCGCAUCGGAAACUGAAACAAGAGACGCCGUUAUUGGAGACCGUUCUCCAUGCGUUCAAUGACUUGAUCGCUAGACAUCCGACCGUCUUCCGUCCAUUCUCAGCUCAAAUCCAUAGCCUGCUUGUGCAGAUCAUCGGUUCCUCAACUUCGACGGGAUCACUGCCUGAACAAGUGGUCGAGCUCUCCCAGAAGCUCUUUAUCUCUCUUCAUAAUUGCGCCCCCAAGAACACAUCGGGUGAAGAGUGGACCAAUGCCUGCAAGCUCACGAUAGAUUCCAUCCACAGAGCUGCAGACCACGCAUUCCGGUCUGUGAUAGAACAAUGGGAAUCCACCGAUCCAAAUUUCCGGAAUGCUACCCUUACUAGAGACUCUAGUCAACUGGUAGGAGAUGACGGGCCAGACCCAUUGGGUCUACCCGGAUGGCAAGGCAUUCAUGAAGGUGGGGACAGAUUGACGGCGCUUUUGCGUCUACUGUCAGGUUUUAUGUCGACUCGAACAGCGUCAACUGUUAAUAUCCCUAUUGGUGCCGUUCUAGAUUUGACAUCUCGAUUGACAUCUGUAACGGUUCCCCGGGAAGGAGAUGAUGACAAUGUUCAGACGAAUCCAGAGAUCGGCCGCGAAGAGCGUGAAGGUCUCUGGAUUGAAUUGCCUAGGAUCCAUGUUGCCUGUAUAGAUCUCUUCUCCAAUAUACUGGCUUCACUGGAGACAGGCGUCAUUUCUGUCGCCCAAAACAUUCUCGAGCAGACGCUUUGGCUUUUUGAAGCCGAAAAUUUUCACAGUGGAAUUCGAGCGGCUUCAUAUCAUUUGAUGAAACGUCUGUUGCUGUUGGUCGGUCCGUCAAUGACUAAGACAAAUCUUUCUGCAUUGAGUAUCGUCAUCCGCUCUUGUUGCCGUGAUGUUCUACCAUCAGACACCAACAGUGCAUCACAAUCUCAAGUCCAGUCCAAGGACAAGGCGAAAGGAAAUCAAGGCUCCGCCAACGCCGACGCUUUCCUCAACCCCGCUCUUAAUAAGGGAGGCAACCAGAGCGGCGCGGUUGCUUUUGUGGGAUUGCAAUCUGCGGCAUCAAAGCUUUUCCCAAUUCUUCUCUCCUCUUUGCCUGUUGAAUAUAUGCCUCUGCCACUACGGAUAGAGUUGGAUCGCACAGCCAUUCUUGCAGCUGAUCAAGAGGCGAUGAUGGCGAGUGUUCUGAACCCGGUGCCGCUGGUCAAAGGACGUAGAGUGACCCCCAGCAUCCUCCCGUUCCUGGCCAGGAGAUAUCCCAAAGAGCUGGAAGUCGAGUGUUUGCUACGUCCGCGGAUGCCUGUUCUGAUCGGCGGAUCUGGUAUUACCGAGGCCAUAUUGGAUGAAGAGGAAGAUGAGGCGGUCAAAGGCGUAUCCGUUGACCCGGCAAAGACCAGUCUUUCCAAUCACACUUUUGAGAACUCCGUACCACCGUCUUUUUCGAACCAGGGCCCUUCGCGGGCUGAUGUUGCGCAAAAUGGUGUACAAUCUCCGAGCAAGAGGAACUUGCCAGAAGACACUCAUUCGAGUGAUCACACUCUCUCAAAAUCACAAGAUGGAAGCGAGGAGAUGCCUCAGACGAAAAAAGCACGCCUUCAGUCGAAUGAUAUUGCUCCAUCUGAAGACAGCGGGCCUUCCCUCCUGAAGAGUAAGGUUUCUCCUUCAUUAGAUGGACGCCCUGUAGCCUCCAUUUCAGGAAGCCAACCCGUUCCGGCUACCAUCUCAAAAGCUCCAGCUGCUCCCGCCACAGCACCAUCUAUGUCUGCGCCUUCUAUAGCCUCCGUGAGCAACGCAAGUGCAUCGGCGUCGGCAUCUGCUGCCAAUAGGAUCCAGACUACAAAUGUGCAGCAGGCUGGUGGCCAGGCCGAUGGAGAAGAAAGCGACGAAGAGAUCCCAGCUCUAAACAUUGAGCCGGAUACCGACGAGGAGGAAGACGAGGAAGAUGUGUCAAUGGAGGGGUAG